GGAGUUGGGGCAGGCAGAUUCUUUUAAGUGGUGAAUUUCCUGGGCCUUCGGCGCCGGGGAACAGGUGGAGAGGCCUGCUGGCCAGGGCUUCGGCCUCAAGCGUCGGGAAAUGGCGGCGAGGACCCGACUGGAGGAUGGCUCCUUGGAUCCAACCCAAAGUAUUGAAGAUGACCCCCUUCUGGACACCCAGCAUCACCCACAUUAUUCAUUACAUGCUCAUUUUAGACCCAAGUUCCACCCUCUUCCUACAGUCAUCAUAGCAAAUCUUCUCUUGUUAGUACAUGUUGUGUUUGUUGUUUUAGCAUUUUUAACAGGUGUGCUUUGUUCUUACCCUAAUCCAAAUGAGGACAAGUGCCCAGGAAACUACACCAACCCGCUAAAAGUUCAAACGGUCAUAAUCCUCGGAAAAGUCAUUUUAUGGAUUCUGCAUUUCCUUCUUGAACGCUACAUUCAAUAUCACCACAGCAAAGUAAGAAACCGAGGCUAUAACAUGAUCUACCGAUCGACAAGGCAUCUUAAAAGACUUGCGUUAACGAUACACUCCACUGGCAACACAGCGCUUCUCCUCAUACUGUGCAUACAGCAUUCCUUCCCGGAGCCCAGCAGGUUGUACCUUGACCUCAUUCUGGCCAUCCUGGCCCUGGAGCUGAUCUGUUCCCUGACAUGUCUGCUCAUCUACACAGUGAAGAUUCGAAAAUUUAAUAAAGCCAAACCACAGCCUGAUAUACUUGAAGAAGAAAAAGUCUAUGCUUACCCCAGCAGUAUUACUUCAGAGACUGGAUUCAGGACUACUUCAAGCCUAGAAGAAAUUGUUGAAAAGCAAGGAGACAUUAUAGUGUACCUGAAGCGACACAAUGCCCUGUUGAGUAAGCGGUUGUUGGCUUCCACUUCCUCUGACCUAGGCUCUCAUCCAAGUAGAAUGUGAGAGUUCAAGGUCAAGACAGCAAUUGCAGAGGGAUCCCGACUAAUUUAAGACUGAAUGCCUGACAAACUGUCAUAGCAAAUUGCAGCUUUGCCAAGGAACAGCUUAUCAUUUUUGUUGGAAACCUGAAUUUGGUUCUCACCUGUGUGGCUGUUUAAUAUAUAGGGCUUACGGAUUGUGUGAAAGGUGAUUUGUAGUCUUGGUAACUAAAGGAGGAUGUCUGUUUUGCACAUUUUGAAAUUUCUUAACUGCCUGGUUUAUCCCAGGAGCAAAGUUUAAACAUCUUCUGGGCCAACAUUUCUUCCAUGUGACCUGAGUCUUAUAGUAAUCUGGCUAUUUAGAGGGAGUCUGACGUGCCAAUGUAUUUAAAACAGGGAUUUGAUCAAAUAAGUUUUUCCCACUUUUAAACUGACAGGGAAAUCAUUUCUUGUGUUAAUGUUUCUUUCCAUGGAGCCUUGGCAUAUAUUUCAUAUGCUUGUGUAGUACUGGAGGGCAGCUUGGCCGUUGUAGCUUUUACAAAGAAUUUUUCACUGUAGGAUCAAGUUCUCACGAGGUGAUUUACUAUGCAAAGUCCUACAAUUUUCCAUUCUCCAGAAAUGAGAUAUGAAGAUUACUUGGAUCAAUGUCAGACUGACCAGUGUUAGACUAACCAUUGCUGUUACAUCUAUAGCACUUUCUGGUGGCAACAGCUGAAAUAACUUAGAAGACCUUAAACUUUCUCUUUAUUUUUGCCCUUUCUUCAGGACAAUGCCAUGUGUUUCAGUAUUAACGAUACCUUCACUGUAGCAAUAAGUUCAGUGAUAGGAAAGGGAUCUUCUGUGGCUUUAAGUUUGUCUAAAAAGAAAAAAGGACCCAUCUCUUAGACUUGGUCAUUUUAUUUCCAUUAUAACUUAAAAAUUAUGAUGGGAAUAAAAUGUCCUAUCAACUACACAGAUAUUAAACAUAUCUCAUUCUCCAGAUAAAGUGAAGCAUUUUUAUGAGUAAAUGGCAUUACUUCUGUUUUCUUAGGGUGCCCCUUUUAUCAGUUGCUAUUGGCACCUUAACAUGCUGCCUUAGAAACUCUUUUGAAAGCGUAACAUGAGGGGAGGGGAUAAAGUAUGCUGCUAAUUUAUUUUUAUUAUCCUUGGUAUUUAGCUGAAUAACUAAUGUUUGGUUUGAAAACCCUUAACUAGACACAACUGUCUGGCAAGGAAUGUAGCCAUUUGGUCACAUGCACCGUUGGAGGGCAAACACCUGUUUCCUUUAGAUGCAGCCUGUGGGGCAUUCUAGUUUUCUACUAAGGGAAAGGCGAUGGUGUGUCACCUGCAGGCAAGACCAUUGAAUCCCCAAAAUGACAAGAUUCACAGACUAAAGCCAAACCAUAUUUUUAAAAUUUAGAUUGUCUCCAAGUUUCCUGACUCUUCCCCUUCCCUUCUUUUCUCCUUUCCUUCCUUCUUGGUAUGUCUCAAAACCAUUGCCUUCUCUGGAAAUCAGUCUCUAUGAUUUGCUGUCAGCUGUUUUCUUUCUUCCUUUUAAGAUUUUAUUAUUUUAGAAAGGGGAAGAGAGGGAGAGAGGGAAAGAAACAUCAGUGUGUGGUUGCCUUGCGCACACCCCCUACUGAGGAAAGGCCUGCAACUCAGGCAGGUGCCCUGACUUGGAAUCAAACCAGCAACACUCAAUCCACUGAGCCACACCAGCCAGGGCAGCUGUUUUCUUUUUCAAAAGGAAAACACCGAUGGUAGAUAAUUAAUUCUUAUUUAUUUUUAAAUUCAAUGUGAAUCUAGUCUGUUUCUAAGGUUUCUAGAAUGAACUUUGGUUUACAGAGAAAAAGGGUUAGUUCAAAAAUUAGGAUACUCAGGUUCUAAUGUGCUAGCUCUGUGACCACCACCCCUCUUUGAACCCAGUAAUGAACAUUUCAAACAAUAAAAGAAAAUGAAACUAAGUACUAGAACUAGCGAAACAAAAGAAUGACCAAAGCAAUUUAAAUGUUGAGCAUGUGUAUAUGUGGAAUAAAUUGCGUUGGAAGGAGACAUGAGUUGGGGUGAUGAACACGCAAUACAAUGUACAGAUGGUGUGUUACAGAACUGUACACCUGAAACCUAUAGAAUUUUAUUAACCAAUGUCACCCCAAUGAAUUCAAAAAGAAAUAAAAUGAUUUUUUAAAAUGUUAAGCAUGCUGUUCAUCAGGUAAAUACUGUGCUAGCACCAUGGAUACAACAAUUUACUGAGAUAAGACCCUGGUUUGUAGCUUACAGAGGACCAGUGUGUCUGGGCUAAGUGAAAUACGGCAGUAAGCCCAAAGGUACUAUAGGAGGUCAGGGUACCCCGCAGGGGACGGAGGCUGUAGGAACUCCAGGCAAAUUCAUGAGUAAAGAAGAGAGGCGGACAGCUACGGAACAUCACAAGCACCGUGUAUAGCUUGAACCAAGUCUAUGGCAGGACAUGGGAGAAGAGGUGGGCAGCCUCUGAUCUUGGAGGGUCUUGAUGCUACCUGUCCUGUGUUGUUGAAACAAAAUGCAACUUUGUUCUUGAGUGGUGCUGCUGUUCAGAGGGGAUUGGUUUACUGUCAUAUUGAUACCCACCUUCUGGGGCGAGGUACGUAGGACAUGAUGUAUUAUAGAAUUGUACCCCUGAAACCUAUAUAAUUUUAUUUUAUAUACCAAUGAAUUUUAUUAACCAAUGUCCCCCAGUAAAUUCAAUUAAAAAAAAUACCCACCUUCCAUUAAAAAAAAAAAUUAUUAAACUGAUCC